AUGGGCAGCGGCGGGUCGGCGGGGCGGGCGGAGCGGCUGCCGUCGGGGGCGGCGGAGCAGCUGAGCGGCGGCGAGCAGUGCCUGGAGCUGAGCGGGCGGGCGCUGCGGCGGGUGCCGGCGGCCGUGUGCGCCCUGCGCGGCCUGCAGAAGCUCUACAUCAGCGGUGCGGGGCUGCGCGAGGUGCCGGCCGAGCUGGCGGCCCUGCGCCACCUCCGCACCCUGGCGCUGGACGGCAACGAGCUGCUGGAGGUGCCCGAGGCACUGUGCCGCCUGCCCCGCCUGGUCCACCUCUACCUGGGCCGCAACGGGCUGCAGGGGCUGCCGGCCGCCUUUGCCGAGCUGCAGAGCCUGCGCAGCCUCUGGCUGGAGGGCAACAUCGUGGCCCGCUUCCCCCGCGCCCUGCUGCACCUGCCCGGCCUGCGGAGCCUGCAGCUGGGCGACAACCGCCUGGCUCGCCUGCCCGCUGCCCUGCCCCGCAUGGCCGGCCUGCGUGGGCUCUGGCUCUACGGCAACCGCUUCGAGGCCUUCCCGGCGGCCCUGCUGUGCAUGGCCCAGCUCCGUGUGCUCGACCUCGACCGCAACCGCAUCGCCCGCUUCCCCGACCUGACCCCGCUGCGCGGACUGCGCCUGCUCUGCUAUGACCGCAACCCGGCCCGCGCGCCGCCCCACACCGGCCCCACCGUCCGCCUCGUGGGCGACGGCGCCCAUGAGCUCAUGGAGGCCCGCUGCCAGAGCCUGCCAGAGGAGGAGGAGGAGGUGGAGGCUGCUGAGGCCCCACCGGCCCCCGGCUCCCUGCGGGGCCCGUGAGCUGCCGGCCGGGCCCGCUCAGAGGGGCUGCGGGGCCACGAAACGGUCCGGAGGCCGGCCUGGAGGUGCCCAGCCUCCGUGAGGGACCUCUGCUCCAGGCUGCAGGGUGAGUCAGGGAAAAGCAGAGCCAUCCGCAUUUGUUUCCGCUUGAACCCAGGGCCUGAAGAGCAGCCAGGUUUGAGGAUAAAACCUUUUCUCGUGCCCCCAUCGCGUCACCGGACUUGGAGAGAAAUCGCCCCCGAGCUGCUCCUUGCAGCUCCCAGGCUGCAGAAGCGCCGAUGGACAGCCCGGUGUGUGUGUGCUGGCCGGCCCCGAGCCUAGGAAGGGCUUGCCCACAGCCUCGCCGUCCCCCUCCUUGAGUGAGGCGUGCACUGAAUCCUCGCAAUGGAAAGCAGGAUGGUGAGGAAAUGGCCUCGUGGCGGCAGGGCUGGGGCUGGCCGCUGCCUGCUGCGGUCAGGGCAGACGGUACAGGUUCCUGCCGCGUGCAGGCAUGUCGGGGGUGCUGGCAGCAGCCAGCAAGGGGUGUGCGCAGUGCAUCAUCCAUGCGUGUGUCUCGCUAUAUAUAUCUCUACCUGCUCGCGGAGCCCCGCGGGCAACGGUUUGUGUCUUCGCCGCAGCUGGGAGCAUGCUGCUAUCCCCAUCUGCUCCUGCUGGCGGCAAACAGGAAGGGAUGGGCUGCGGGGACUGGUGCUUGAUGCAACGGGAUUGCUGCAAAAGCCGGCACGAUACUUUUCUCCUCUGCAUUCAGAGAUGCAAACAGGCUCGAGUGUAACGGUCACACCAGACGGGACGGGGGACCCGGAGCCAGAGGAGGACGCUACCCACAGUUUGCCCCCUCCGCAGGGUUUCACUCUGCUCCCCACGUUUGGAGUUUCUUUUACUUAUUAAAGACCUAUGCUCACUGAAUUAUUUACUAGUGCAACCUGAGCCUCCGCCAUCCGUGCCAGUGACCCGGAUUUCACGGCCAGCCUGCAUGCCCCCUCUUCUUGCAGCGAUGCUGGCUGCAAGCAGGUGCUCUCCGGCAAAGCGCUGGCCCUGGGACGCGG